AGCGGUCCGGUUUCACAGGUGUGAAAGAUGCUGGCAGAACCGGUCCCAGAUGCUCCGGAACAAGAGCAGUUCGGAGCAGUGAAGCUGGAGGAGGACGACUUGCCUGUCGAGGAGGACCCCGUGCGGGCAGAGGCCAGGCCUCGGCCUGAGGUAGCCCACCAGCUCUUUAGGUGCUUCCAGUACCAGGAAGAUAUGGGGCCGCGAGCAUCCCUGGGCCGGCUCCGGGAACUCUGCAACCACUGGCUGCGGCCGGCGAUGCACACCAAGAAGCAGAUUCUAGAGCUGCUGGUGCUGGAGCAGUUCCUGAGCGUCCUGCCCCCGCACGUGCUCAGUCGACUGCAGGGCCAGCCACUCAGGGAUGGAGAGGAGGUGGUACAGCUGCUGGAGGGCGUGCCCAGAGACUCCAGCCACGCGGGGCCCCUGGAUUUUAGCUUCAGUGCUGGCAAGAGUGCCCCUGCAGACAUCAUCUCGGAGGGACAGGAUAUCCCUUCCCAGGCCUCCAACCCCAGCCCCAAAAGGGAGCUGCCCUCAGAGGAGACUCCAGCCCUGCAUCCACUGAAUGAAUUACCCCCAUCUCAGCCAAUGCCCACCAAGCCUGCUGAGCCUGAGGAGUGGAAACUUGCCCCGAGUUCAAACUGGCCAGUGAGCCCAGAGCCCCAGAGGAUGCUCCAGGACCCACAAGAAAGCCACCCCUCCCAGGGCCCCUCAUGGCUUGAGGAGAAUUCCAGAGACCAAGAGCUGGUGGCUGUGUUGGAGUCCCUUACCUUUGAGGAUACCUCAGAGAAGAAAGCUUGGUCUGCAAACCCUCUUGGAUUUAGGAGCAGAAUGCCUGACAAGGAGGAUCUUAAAGCUGAAGAACCUAAGGAGAAUAUUUGGCCUGUCAUCAUUUUGUCAGAGUCCCAGACGGAGGACCCUGGAGUCACAGCAGAGCCUCCUUCCCAGACACUAGGGCAGGAGGCAAAUGGUGCUGGUGGAGGAGGGACCCCUGCUGACAGCGGUGAGGUUCCGGACAGCAGAGGAGCUGCAGGUGUCCCAGAGUCCGAGCCAGAGUCGCUCGGCUUUAUAUGCACGGAGUGUGGAAUGAACUUCCCACAGCUGUCCAGCCUACAGGCACACCAGCUACAGUCUCACCCGGGCUCUGGACCUCGGCCAGUCUCUCGUUCCUUCCGGUGUCUGUGGUGCGGGAAGACUUUUGGGCGCAGCUCCAUCCUCAAGCUGCACGUGCGCAUACACACAGAUGAGCGGCCGCACGCCUGUCACCUCUGCAGCCACCGCUUCCGCCAGAGCUCACACCUGGCCAAGCAUUUGCUCACGCACUCCUCUGAGCCUGCCUUCCGAUGUGCUGAGUGUGACCAGGGCUUCCAGCGUCGCUCCAGCCUCAUGAAGCACCUGCUGGCACAUGCCCAGGACCAGAAUCCCACGCCAGACCCAGAAGGCAAAACGAAAGUGCCAGAGAAGGCAGUUGUCCUCUGUCCCCAAUGUGGGCAGACCUUCCAACGGCGCUCCAGUUUAAAGCGUCACCUGCGCAUCCAUGCAAAAGGCAAGGACCGUCAGUCCUCGGAAGACCCUGGCAGCCUUAGCUCUCGCCAGGAGAGCAAGCCCUACGUGUGCGGUGACUGUGGCAAGGCCUUCCGACGAAGCGAGCACCUAAUGGCCCACAAGCGAGUCCAUACCGGCGAACGACCCUUUUCCUGCCAGGCCUGUGGCCGCUGCUUCACCCAAAGUUCCCAGCUGAUCAGCCACCAGCAGGUGCACACGGGUGAGAAGCCUCAUGCCUGUCCGCAGUGCAGCAAACGCUUUGUGAGACGUGCCGGUCUUGCUCGCCAUCUGUUGACCCACGGUGGCCUCCGGCCUUACCACUGUGCCCAAUGUGGCAAAAGCUUCAGCCAAAUGCAAGACCUGACUCGCCACCUGCUCAGCCACACAGGAGAGAAGCCCUGCCGAUGCAGUGAGUGCGGAGAGAGGUUCAGCCAGAGUGCCCACCUGGCACGCCACCAGCGCAUCCACACGGGGGAGAAGCCUCACGCCUGUGACACCUGUGGUCACCGCUUCCGCAACAGCUCCAACUUGGCCCGCCACCGCCGCAGCCACACGGGCGAACGGCCCUACAGCUGCCCAACCUGCGGCCGCAGUUUCCGGCGCAAUGCGCACCUGCAGCGCCACCUGGUCACACACACCGCCUCCAGGCAAGAGAUGGAAGACCCCCAGGAGUGCCCCGAGUGUGGCAAGAGCUUCAGUCGCAGCUGCAACCUGCUGCGCCAUCUGCUGGUGCACACGGGCGCAAGGCCUUACUCUUGUGUGCUGUGCGGUCGGGGUUUCAGCCGCAAUUCGCACCUGCUGCGCCACCUGAGAACCCACGCCCGGGAGACGCUGUAUUAGCUUCCCCCACGCACGUUCCAGCAGCCUGUCCCGUAUGCACUUCCCUGCAUGAAUAAGAUUCCCUGUGAUGUCCCCUUCACACAUACCUGCUCUUGGUUCCUCCACGUUUGGUGUCCCCACCAUUGACCUCUUUUCCCUGACCCCAGGAAUGUGGUUUUGGAUGCCUUAAGUAAAGCUACCUUCUCAAAAUUGGUCCUUACAAUUUUUUUUUUCUUUUUCGGGACAGGGUGACCUUGA